AUGUUAGAUGCACAGUUGGAAGCUAGGGCCCGGAGGGAGGAAGACCUCACAGAGUACCUCACCAAGAAGAAAGGGAAACAAAGAGAAACCACUGAUGAGCAACCACCACCACUAGAUCAAACUCCCAACUCCUCACCGAUAUUCACUCAGCUACCUCCUGACCAGAGACGAACUGAAUCCAUCACAACACACAAGCAAGGUAUCAUCAGUGCCAUGGAGAACACACAUCUACCAAAGCAUCCUGAAUAUAGGAUCACAACUGCACCACAGCUCACAAAGUCCAGGUCAGACCCUCUGCCCUCUGCAAGGCUGCUGACACCUCUGCCAAAGGACUACACAGUCUCUCAGAACUCAGAGCAGUAUAAUUCUGCCUCCAGGACAACUGAUGAGAGUAUCACACAGGUAGAGAGAAGGGCUGUGGGACUUGGAAAGAAAAUUGAAGAAACCCAACACCAACUGACAAACCAGAAACACCAUUCUGACAACACCAUGGCUUACUAUGAUGAAUUGACACAUGUUAGGACUGGGGUAAUACCAGGUGGUACAUCCAAUGAGACAGCCAGUGAACAUGACCCACUGCUGCCCCGAAUCUACUCCAGCAAGCCACCCUCUCGCUACGGGCCUCGUCCGGGGCCAGACGAUGGGGUUCCCCCCUCGACAGUGUCAAUCAUGCUGACCAGGAGACCAAGGUCUACUUCAAGACCUGCCACCAUCCACUGCAGCAGCAGGAGAAGAAAACACUCCCAUAACAUUCACUACUUCACCAACAGAACCUUGCAGUGA